AACAUCCUUCCAAACUCCAUGGAUUGAUAGCAUAUCGGACUGAUGCACUGCUUACCCAAGAGUCGCACCAAGUCGCAUUGUUGCAACUCCUUCACACUGCUGUCGAGGUCGAGAACAACGAGCAUGUCGAUGCUGCUUGCUUUUUGUGUCCAGAUUGAUGCCUAUGGAGCUUGAGAUACGGGACUCGCAUUGAAUACCGUCCCAACUCUUUGCUCUGCAGACCAAAUCAACAUUAUGAUCUUAAAGACGCCCCUCGACACUCCUAGGCCUGUCGGGCCACCGGUCGGCAUCGCCAAUUCGCCUGUUCGACGACAGAGAAAUUUCUCACACCGUACAAAGACAGGCUGUCUCACCUGCAGAUGCAGGAAGAAGAGGUGUGAUGAGCAACGACCGGACUGCCGCAACUGUGUACAGUUGCAGCAAACAUGCAGGUGGUCCGCAACUUCUCGCCCGAAUGCAUCACCUCUAGAAGCCGAGAUGCCUGCCUUCCCGUUUUUACCAGCUCCCUCUCCACUUGUGUUCCAUGAACAAUCCUUCUUUCUUGGAGAGACAUCUGCUCCUAGUCAGAAUUCCAGCAGAGAGAUCGUCAGCCAGCCGACCCAAAGUCCUCCAAGCCCAUUCCGUCUGUCUACUGGCCCGAGUCGCUAUGGGUCUACACCCCUUCCUCCCCAACCUCCAGACUUCGACGGCCUGAGGUCCCCGUCGGCAGUAUCAUUGAUGACUUCACAAGACAUCUAUCUGUGCACAACUAUUGAUCUGAUGGCAGCAACUCAGAUUCCACUUCAGCCGUCGUUCACUUACUUUGUUCAAGAGGUAAACCCUCCGAUAAUUUCGGACUUCGACCAUGUGAACUGGGCCAGAGCAAAAAUGCAUCUUGCGGAGCUUGGGAGCCGCAUCAAGGCUAUAGAAGCAGCUAUCUUGGCAGUUCAAGCACUCUACAAGGCUCAAAGCAACGGUUUGCCUACAACACAUUCCUUGUCACUUUACCAGGCAGGAAUGCUUGCCUUUGAAACAGCCAUGAAAGACCACGCCGAGGUCUUGGACAACAUCUUCGCAGCAGCAUUCUUAUUGUGCUUGUUUGAGAUGGUACUACCGGAGGAAACAGGUUCCGUCUUUGGCAAUCUGGGGAGCUUAUUCCUCACAAGGCUCGCGACAUGGUCAGCACCAGGACACCUCUCAUUGAGGAUUGGAGCCUGGCUGACUUUGUGCCAUGCAUCGGCGAGACGCGGUGGGAAUCCUGGAAUACUCUCCGAUGCCGUGAAGUCCCACAUCCCCAACUAUGGAACAGAGGCUCCCAAUCUCCCCAUGCUGGACAACUAUAACGACGCACCUACGUCUGUCUACGAUAUCAUUAGUGCCCCCAUCUUUGCGUUCUUCCUGGAGUUGCAGAAGAUUUCCGCUCAAAUAGCCAACUUGAGCCACUACCACCGGUCACGAAUGACCAGUGCCGAUCAAGAAGAAGUCGCAGUACUCAUGGCAGAUUUGAAGGCGCAGAUGGGUGCGCUCUGGCAGGCCAGACCCAGCCUUAUGCAACUCCAAGCCGACGUCCUGCGGUCUCUUUUCUGUGGCGCAGUCGCGGAGCCCCUGAUCACGCUAAUUGGCAUCACUACCGCGGCCUACUGGACCGAGAUCGUCGAGUAUGGGCGUACGCCGAGCGACCCACCCCUGGCGUCCCCCGAAGCAAAGCAUGCGAUGAAUCAAAUUCGCGAUAUCGUGGAUGGCAACACGAAUGGUUAUACCGCUGGCAAGCUCAAUUCCGGCUACCUCCGCCCAUUGCUCUUGUACGCCAUCGAAAGCGUCAACCCUGCUGAUGUUCAAUGGGCAGUGGAACGGAUCAAGCAGAUCAGAAACCCAAUCAGUCGGAGUGACUUCUUCGCGACGUUUGCAGAGUCUCAUGCAGAGGCGCAGAGCAGUAAAGGCCGUCGCGUCACGACCAAGUACUUCUGCUAUCAGACCUUUGGUGUGGCUCCGCCUUUCUUAUGAAUCUGGUCUAGGAUCUCAAAUCGAGCAAAUUGGGAUUGUGGUGGGUGCAUUAAAAUUUGGAUUAACCUCCGACUGUACAUGCUCGUCAGAGUAGCGACAGUAAUCAGCGCAGCGCUAUAUGCCAUCUCAAAGAAAGUGCCCAUCGCUCAAAGUACAAAGACAGUAGACAAUCAAUGAUCAAUUACGUUCGGUUCCUGCCGUACCCAUUCGGUAUCUUCGGUACAGCCGGCGUACCGUGAUCCUCUCUUAUGGGGUCUGGAAACCCAGCUUCAUGCAACAUCUCAGUGAACGUGGUGGUCGGCCUGCUCUGCUCCUCAGUGCCCUCAGGACGAACUCGUUUCGGCGGCGUCCAGCCAGUAGGUUCGUAGCGCGCUGGCGUGAGCGUCUGUGCUUGCUGCUCAUCGUUUUCGGACAGCGACGAGACGCCUGAGUACGUACUCACACCUCUCUCCUUUUUAGUGGGAAGAAUG